CAUCGUUUCUGUAAUCAAUCUCCUGUUCAACAAUGAGAAAGCAAUCCAUAUCCAGGAAACCAGAAACCUAUGGAAAAGGUAACGUCACUUCAGUUCAGAUCGCCUUCAUCGUCGAUCGCUACUUAUCUGACAACAACUGCGCAAAAACUCGCUCCACUUUCAGAUCCGAAUCACCUGACUUUAUCUCCAGAUCUCCCGUUCAAGAGGCGCCGAAGGGUUUGUUAAGUUUGGCUUCGAUACUUGAUGAAUACAUAAAACUCAAGGAACAGAAAUUGACGGUUGAUCAAGAGAAAUCACGUUUGGAACACGAGAGAAUCAGGAUUCAGUCUUUGUUAAGUGGUAUGCAAGAUGCGAUGAAAUCUUAUAGUUCUUGCGGAAAUGUUCCUCUUCCAUCUAUUAUGCCUCAAUCUAAUGCUAAUUCUGUUAUGCGGAUGAACCUCCUUGCUGGAUCUCCUGCAGUGUAUUCAUCAGCUUAUCCUGUUCAUCGCCCUUCAAAUCCAAUGUUGCCGAUGCCAAAGACCCAAAUUGAGCAAUCCAACAUGUCAACACAGAUCACAAAUCAAUCAUCUAAAAGGAAGAUAUGCACCAAGAAUGUUACAGAUCCCCAAGUACCUGCAAAGAGAACCCGCGGUCGCAGAUCAAACAAAGACAAAUCUAUGGAUUUACCCCCAAGAACUGUCAAUGAUGUUGUUCAACCAUUAUCUAUCACCCAAUUAUCAAAUUCUGAUAAUAUCUUGAAUGGGUCUUGUGUUAAUAAGCCUCAAAUCAACAAAUGUUCUGAAUCCCCUAUACCCAUUUCAGUCCCAAUCACACCUCGAUCAACAGCUAAUUCCCAAACUGAUAACUCAAUUUCUCCAGUCGAAAUAUCAUCAACCAACUGCAUUGUGAUAAUGAGUCCCAACAAGCAAGUAGCAUACUAUUCAAUUGAGAGGAAUCAUAGCAUAACUGCUUCAUCUCCUGAUAAGACAAAUUUAAGGGUUAACAAGAGAGAUCGUGUCAAAGGAAGACUAGAUUUUGACAUGGAUUCUAACAUCCUCAGUCAUGAUGUUGCUUCAACUUCUGAACCUAUCAAUGGAGAAGAUUUAGGAGGGAUAUUUGACUUGGAUUUCCUUGAAAAUUUGGAUCUUGAUUUCUCCAUUCAUGAUCUACUUCUUGAUUCAGAUAUGGAUACUGAUUUCUCAGCUGAACCUGAAUCACAUUCUGGGUCUCCUGACAUUGAUACAAUUGGGAACUCGGAAAAUUCUGACCUUUUUUCAGGAAAUAGUAACUGAUGUUAUUAUGGAAACUCGGAAGAUCAUUCAAACUGGAAAAUGAUUAAUGCUAGAUUGACCAUAUAAAGAUUAAUGCUAGAUUAGACACAAGUUUUGUAGUUUAGUCUUUAAAAUGUUACUUUAUUCUUCAAGGUUAUAAUGAAAUAUUAUAUUUAACUUUC